AUGACCAAUAAUAUUCCUCCUCCAAUAAUGACUUCAGCCAACACUACUAAUUCUAAUACUACUACUACUACUGCAACCACUAAUGUCAGCAAAACCUCCUCUCCUUCAUACAGUGAAUCCCCACUGGUAAUGAUGAAACCAGCAGGUGCAAGUCUUGGUGCUCCAGCUUCCCUCAAUCCUCAUCAUCAUUCUCCUAACAUUGGGCCUCAUACUUCUUCUACCACUAAUACUAAUUGUACUACAAAAAGUCUAACUGAUGAAGACAGCAGCAUUUCAAAUCAUCACGAAGAAGAGCACAUUGCCUCACAUGAGGAUAUUCCUCAACAACAUCCAAAUGAUCACAUGUUUUCCCAAUUUGUGUUUCCACCUGUGAAACAGAUGAACACAAAGACAUUACAAAAUGAAUUCAAUGACGACGCCAUGUUAGAAUCCAAUUCACUCUCUCAUCAUUUUCAUGAACAACAUGAACAUCAUGAACAACACACUCCUUCACAACCAUUAUUACCUCAUGAGAAACAUGUCUCUUCCACUAUUUCCAAGAAGAGAAGAAAAAGUGUCAUUUCAGUGGUUCCUCAUCAGAUUACCUUUCAUCCUCAUCAUCCCAUAUCUGCAAGCGCUCUCUCUCAUUCAUUAAGGAAACAUUCCAUUUCAUCGACGGAAUAUCAUCAUUUAAUGUCUUCUCUGAACUCACAAAAGAAAUCUUUUUCACACCAACGCCAACAACAACAACACUCUUCCAGCACGACUACUUCAUCCACAACAACAACAAGCACCUCAAAAAGUUCCUCACUUUCCACUACUUAUUCAUCCAAUACUAAUACUGUCGCCACUACUGCUUUUAAUCAUCAUGAAAAAGAUGAUGUCUUUGGCAUUCGAGAGCAAAUGAUGUUGAUGGAUCAAUGUAGUCAGACUUCCAUUAUUGAUGAAAAUACGAUCAUGUCUAUGGAUGACAAUGGUGAGGAGGAAGAGGAGGAGGAUGGUACCCAUUCCUAUCAUCGUCAUCACCAUGGAUUUAAUCAUCCUCUCCAUUUUCACAAGGACCAAAAUUCUUCACUGUUAAACUCGAAGGGUCUUCGAAGAUUGUCAUUUGUGGACAUUGAUUUGGAGAAUUUGUUGAAACAAAAGAUUCAAUAA